GUGCAUAGUUCAUUGUGCGCUCUGUCGUUGCCCAUACCUCGGCGUCGGAAUGGCGCAGUACCAGGGAGAGCGCCCCAGUAAACGGCGAAGUUUUCAGAUGCAACGUGCGAGAACUCCAUUGGCGCCAGAGCUGGAGCCAGGCAGCGGACUGUCAACAAGGUUCCCUCUUACGGGAGCCUUGAAUCUCGUCGGUCCCUCUUUUGGAAAUAAUGAUUGUUCCGCUGGGUACAGGUUCAGAACAUACGCGAACUCCGACGCCAGACCCGUAAGCAAUUCGUCUACAUUUUCUCUCGCCGAGGAGGUCCUGUCUUCUUCGACUGCUGCUCGCGUACAUUCUCGUGCGGUAAUUCCUUACACGAUGCCUCCCGCCGGAUGGAUGCCUUGGAACUCACUCGCCGCCGAGAGCCAGUCCAGAAGGACCAACGACAGUCUGGAUGGAAGCCGAGACUCGCGAGCUGUCGACUGCAGUACCAACGUGUUCAUGUUUGGAAAAGAAACUGCAAGAUGGAACCCCUACCUUUCGAGUUCCCCCUACUCUAUUUCGGAGUUUGGGCAUUCCGGUGGCACAAGGAUAGAAGGGAAGAGUUGGAAAACGACCGCGAGCGUGGCUACAAAUGUGGCCUUAUCCGUAGGAGCGGUCGGUGACAUCGUGCCAUGCCAGACGUCAUUACCGGCAAGAGUCAGGGUGCGGGGUGCUCCGAGAAUCGUGGGUGCGAGAGCUUGGAGGAUUGAAGCAGCCAAAGAGGGUGUUGACGGUCGCUGCGGUUUGGUAAUGCCGUCUACGGUUCCUCGGAGGACGGGAAUGCCUCCUUGCAAGGAAGCUCCCCCGUCUGACACGGUGAUGGCCAUCAAGGACGCUGACAAUAUACGAACGGGUGAAGAUGUCGUCCAGUUUUACGCUCGGCAUGGCCAAGACAGCGGGGUCAAGUUCUUUUAUUGCGUCAGAGCAGAUAAGGAUAUCGGCUUUCGGCCGUACGAUCUUGUCGUUGUCGGGCGCGAUCGUAUAACCCCUGAAUACUUCACCAUCUCUGCAUCUGGGGUUGUCCAUGUUCGCCAGGAUAAGGCGAGUGAGUUCACCGCCCUGGGGGAGUGGAUGAGGGAGCGCUUCUGCUUCAAUGUCCUCAGACGACUUAGAUUCUUCCGUAAUUACCUCGUCCAGAAGACAUUUGCAAUGUGGCAUCGGUACGUCAGGCACAAGCUCUAUUUCCACGUGCGCAGCCUGAUAAUUGGGCGGCUCUUCUUAGCCAAACCAACGUUCUGCAGGGCUCUGGCGGAGGUCCACACCUACGUCCAUGACGUCGAUAGCGUGGCACUCAUACAUGUCGUGGCUAACCACCUGUACACUUUGGAUGAGUUUUCGGAUUUGCAAAGCCAGUUGCGAAACCAGAAAGCUACGCCUGCGCUUGACGCCUGCGUGGAGAAGGUGCAACAGGUGCUUGAAAAAAUAUGCAGGGAUGUGUCCAAGCAGGCAAGACUGUAUCAGGUAACGUGAUUAAUGACUGCCAACCAUCGUAACUACAUACCAUACCCGCGCCCCAAGAAGAUCGAUUCGUACCGGGACUCCGAGAAAACCGAAUCCUUCCUCGCUUAAUCCAUUGUGAACGACCAUCUCGCAGCCCGAAUAACUAGAACCGAAUUGGUAUUUUGGAAAAGCCUGAAAUUUCGCUGUGCAUAUCACAUUUUGAAAAUCUGGUCUGGCGAGCGCUGGUAAGGUACGUGUUGCGUCCAGUAGGUGCCCAUGGAGUUUUAAAUGUUGUUCCCAUACUUCAUUGCUUAAUGUGUACUUGAUUGGAAUCGUCCUUCCUGCUCUCGGUUAAAUGCAAAUGCUCCGAACUCCAGGGAACAUCGAGUACAGCACACAUUGUGCUCUGUUUUGGAAGAAACCCUACGGCCUGCCGUCCGUUGUCUCCUGCAUCUCCGUUUAUUUCGUUGCGGUCACGGCCUCUCCCAUUCUGCAGAACAGUAGUACAGCGCCCCUUCCACUAGCACGCUAGGUUGAGUGAUAUACCCGAUGACUACUACCCCUCCCCUUCGCCUCCUCCCAAGUCCAGUUAUUGUCUCACUUGCCUUCGCCUGCCGGGCACCCAUGAUCAUCCUUUUCCUCCUCGUCCAACGUGCGACCUCUUCCAGAUCAUGACAUCCAGCAGGGAGUCUUGCAGCGUCGUGCUGUGUCUGAUGCAAUAAAGUCUAACGAGCUAG